AUGGCCAAGACCACUGCGAUGCGUACAGUGGCUGCAGUCAAGGGACGCCCUGCGCAGUAUACACAAUCAUCACGUAAAGGGAAGCAGUCAUGGCGUAAGAAUAUUGAUCUCUCUGCAACAGAAGCCGCACUGGAGGAUAUCCGUGAGCAAGAGCGAGUUGUUGGUGCGCCUGUGCACACGCAUAAAGAUAGUCAGCUGUUCGUCGAGGACCGAUCCGGUCAGGAGACACAAUUGGCACGCCAAGCGCGGGAAAAGCGCAAACUGCGAUCCCAAGAGAUUUUGGAACAACGCAGCGCGGUACCUGCAGUGCAGCAACGUAUGCAGGCGACGUUCAAAUUGGAUACCAAAACGCCUGGCGGCAAGGCGAGCACCGCAGGUUUACCCGCCAAGCUGAAGCGUCGCUUGCGUAUCCUUGCUCAACGCCCGCAUGAAGGAAUAGAAGGCGAUUCUGAGCGUGGAAGUGCUGGGAAGCUUCAGAGCGAUAGCGUCUUUACGGAGAAGCACAACUUGUGGAGUGACCCUGCGCCCGAGAAGCAAGCGGGACAGGACGAUUGGAUCACACCUGUGGUCAAAACUGCGAUUCUCCGUCCAUCCUCACCGCUGCAUGAACCGAGCCGCAUUGCAAAGAAGGCUGCAGCAGUCCCAGUGCCACACGCUGGCGCGUCAUACAAUCCUGAUUAUAAAGAGCAUGAGCAACUUUUACAGGAGGCAUACGAAAAGGCGAAAGCGGAAGAAGAUGCAGAUGCAGAAAAGGAAUACCUCAAACGCAAAUUUAGUGAGCUGCGCCCCUAUCGUAAUGAUGCUACGACGGGCAUGGUCAUAGGGGAAUUUGGUGAGGAGGCCGAUGAAAACCAAAAAGGAGAGGAAGAGUACAGCGCCCCCAAAAUGCCAGGACGUAAGACGCAGGCACAGCGACGCCGCGAAGCGCGCGCGAAAGAGCAGAAGCGCGUGGCGGAGCAGCGAAAGAAGAUGCGUAUACAGCGUGGCAUGGUGUCUGAGAUGCCUGCCCGAGCCAAGAAACUCAAGGCACUCACCUCCGAAAGGCAAGCCCUCGCUGAUGAGCGUAGGCAGCGCAAGCUGACACGGAUGCAGGAAAAGGGCAUUGCAGGAUUACGUGUAAGCAAAUACAGCGUCCCCGAAAGCCGUGUCGACGUACAAACUGGCGACGAGCUGAGCGAAAAUUUCCGCAAACUCAAGCCAGAAGGCAACUUGUUUUGGGAUCGGUUCCAGAGCAUGCAAGCGCGUGGUUUGGUCGAAGCACGCCGGCCUGUGCAGCCCUCGCGGCGAAAACGCAAGACCAAGUCGUACGACCGACACUCUUUCAAGCGCGACUGA